AUGGAAGAAAAGGAUAUAGAAGAUCUAAAUAGAUAUAUCUUGAUCACAAAACAAAGACAUGAAUAUGAACUAUUAAAAUCGGCUACUACAAAAAUUCAAAUGCAAGAAGAAAAUAGACGUGCUCGUUUGGAAAUAGUCAUUCUAACUAAUGAAAAGAACGAAAUGCUCCAAUCAGAAAUAAUUCACAGACAAACCAUUAAAGAAUUAACGGAAGAUUUCCAAAAAUUACAAAAUCAAUAUUUUAUAACAGAACAAAAAAACGAUGAACUAAACUCUAAAGUUAAAGAAUAUGAAAAAAAACUAUCACAUCUUCAAAAUAAUACACUAAAAAACAACACAUUUGUUUCGCAAGACAAUGUCCUACUUCAAAGAAUAGAAUUUCUAGAAAAGGAGUUAAUGAAUGAGAAAAGUAGACAAAACGUACAAAAUGUCAUAACUGAAGAUUUUGAAUCAAAUAAUUUCUCUAAAACACCAGAAUUAAAUUUAAAAAAUUCAGAAAAAGCAAACAGUAUAAUCAAAACCGUUAACAAAGAUAACGAAUCAAAUAUUUCAACUAUUAAGAAUAAUAAGUUAAAAUCAGUCAAACAUUUAAAAAUGAAAAAAUCAAAUAAAGUCAAAAUUAAAGAAAAUAUAGACAUAGACAAAUAUUCGUUCAAUAAUCAUUCAGAAACAUUAAAAAAAAAAGAUGGAUCCAUGUCCAAUAUUUUUCAGGUAAAAAAUAAUACACAAGUUUAUGAUCCUAUAAAAUCACCUGUUGUGCCAAUAAAAUCAAAAAAAGACGAAUUAAAACCGGAAUCAGCAAUUUCUACAUUUUCUAUAACACCAUUUCUAGACCGUACAAAUAUAAAUACUAAAAACUUAUUAUUUUCACCUUUAGAAUCCAAUAAAUUAGAAACAAGAAUGAUUUUAACAGGAGAUAAAUUAAAAACAAAAAAACAAAGCAUUUCUAAAAAAAAGAGGAAAUUAGGUGCAAUUGGAAAAACAUUAUUUGAUGAAACACCUAAAGGAUUAAUUAAUUCAGUCUUUUUACAAAAUGUUAGCCCUUUAAAGCACGGCAAAAAAAUCACGAUUCAGCCCUUCGCUACUAUUACAGCAAAACAAUAAAUAAUUAGUUAAAUGAUAAUUUUUAUGCUUUUUCAUAUUUUUUU